UUCCCCCAUUCCCCAGUUUCCGAUUCAUCUUGUCAUAUCGUCAUAAAAUUAUUAUAUUUUUGAUUUGCUAAAUUAUUUUCUUUUAUUUUUUGGUUAAUUUCGUGUUAUUUAUAUAAAUUCGAGUGACAGCAAAACCGGCCACUGAGUGGAAGUAAAAGGCUCCACGAGACCUUAGGUCUCGGCCUGUGGCCACCAAACGCGCCCAAGGCAAAAAAAAAUCAAAAUUUGUCAUAGGAAAAUCUCACAGUGUAGGUCAAUUAAAUUUCACAAUAUUUCUUUUUAACUGCCACAAUGUCUCAGUGGAACAACUCCUACAGUUACAACAACCAGUAUCAAGCCCCGAAUACCUGGAAUGGGGACUACAACACACAGUAUUUAAAUCAAUCCCAGUACUAUCCCAAUCCCAAUCCUAAUAGACAAUAUGAACCCAAUCGCCAGUAUGUUAGUUUUGAUGAGUUUGUAUCCCAAAUGCAAAUGUCUAAUGUUCCUGCAUCGAAUACUGCUAGCUUCAAUAACAUACAAUAUCAAAAUUAUCCAAAUGCUCAAUAUAACAAUAUCCCUAGUUAUCAAAAUGGGUCAACACCCCAGAACUCUCAGGCUGACUAUGCUUAUGGAUCGAGCACUGCCAAUUUUAGUAAUAAUGAAGAGGUCUACCAACCCAGUGUAAAUAAUCAGUAUAAUCAAGCACCAGAUAAAAAUAAUUACUCCAAUGAAGUGGUUUCUAAGUCAAAACUCACUCCAACUGCUACUGAAUUUGUGCCUAAAAGUUCUAACACAAAUGCUGUAAGUUCUCAUAAUGAACCAAUCCUAGAAUCGAAUUUAUCAAAUUUAGAAUUAAAUGGAUCAACAAGUAACUAUUCUAAGCCAUCUAGUUCGAAUAAUUGGAGAGAAAGACCUAAUAGCUCACAGCAGCGUAGCAACUCAUCUCAUUUAGAACCUUAUAGUCAAAAACAUUCUAAAAACCAAGAACCAAGCCGCAACAGUAAAUAUGAGUCAAAGAGUCAAAACCAGGAAUCUACUACUUACAAUGAACCUACUAAUCAGAACUCUAGAGAUAACUAUCAGAGAGAAUCCUCCAGUCGGACAAAUGAUAGCAACACUCGUAAUCGUAAAUCAAAAAACCGUCCAACUGAAAAUCAAGAUUCUACUUAUCGCAGACAAGAUAAUCAAGAAUACAACAGCAAAAAUAGAAACAGUGAUAAUCAGAACCAAGAUGUAAAAGACUCAGGUUACCGUAGACAGGAUAAAAAUCAAGAAUAUAAUCGGUCAAAUCGAAACAGCGACUAUAAUAGUCAUAACCAAGAUGCAAAGGAUUCCAGUUACCGUAGACAAGAUAAUCAAGAAUACAACAACAGAUCCAAUAGACACAGUGACCGUAAUUCUCACAACCAAGAUUCUAAAGAUACUAGUUACCGCAGACAAGACCAUCAAGAAUACAACAAUCGAUCAAAUAGACAUAAUGAUUACAAUACUCAGAUCCAAGAUCAAAAUCAAUAUAGUGAUCAAAAUGAUACUGAUUUUGGUGACUAUGAAGGGGGCCAAUCCAAAAACAACUCUAAGGCUAAAAACAAAGAGUCUGAUGUAUAUCGCACUUUUUAUAAUAGUUCAAUGCCUAAAGAUAGUCAGGAUGUAAGGAGCGGUAGAGGUGAAGGUUCAGGAAGAAAUCGUAAGUGGGCUGGCACUCAGAGGCUCAGGGCUCCAGAGCGUACAGAAGAUGAACAAUAUGCUAACUCGUAUGCACCAUAUAGAGAGGAAAAGUUCAAAGACACUGCACCAAGCCCUAUUAAAGGAAAAAAUAGGCCAAUCAGUAAUCAUGUAGGAGCGAAUCCAGAUAUGACCCAAAGGGAACGGCUCAGCGAGCAAUUAGACAAGGGAACAUUAGAAUGUCUAGUUUGCUGCGAGCGAGUGAAGCAGACAGACUCUGUAUGGUACUGCAGCAACUGUCACCAUGUGCUGCAUCUGCGCUGCAUUCGCAAGUGGGCUAUGAGCAGUUUGGUUGAAAGCAAAUGGCGUUGUCCAGCUUGUCAAAACACAAACCAGGACAUUCCAACAGAGUACCGUUGCAUGUGCGGCUCUGUACGCAAUCCUGAAUAUCAGAGAGGAUCGAACGGUGCCCACACUUGCGGACAGUCGUGUUCACGGACGAGGAACUGUACGCAUCCUUGCACGCUGCUUUGUCAUCCUGGCCCAUGCCCACCCUGUCAGGCCACUGUCAUCAAGCAAUGUGGUUGUGGAGCAGAAACUCGUUCAGUGAUGUGCAGCAGUAAACUAGCCCAGGUGUGUGGGCGCGAAUGUAAACGGAAGCUUGAAUGUGGAGUCCAUCUCUGUAGUAAAGAAUGCCACGAAGGGCCCUGUGAUCCUUGUACUGAAACAGUGACACAAGUAUGCCAUUGCCCGGCCGCCAAGUCUCGCUCGGUGCCAUGUGCGGCGGACACAGGGGCGUACGACACUUGGUCGUGCGAGUCCUCCUGCGGACGGGUGUUGUCGUGCGGCGCGCACGUGUGCCGCUCGCCCUGCCACCCACCUCCCUGCCCCCUGUGCCCCUUACGCCCCGAAAACGUGCUCGCCUGCCCCUGCGGACACACCAGAAUCAGUAAAGAUCAACGCAAAACUUGUACGGACCCGAUACUGCUGUGUGGGAACAUCUGCGCCAAGCCGCUCUCCUGUGGCCCGGUCGGAGACAAACAUUUUUGUAAGGAGAAAUGCCAUGAAGGAGAAUGCCGCGUAUGCCCUGACAGCACGUUGCUCCAGUGUCGCUGUGGACACUCAAGCCGCGAAGUGCCUUGUGCUGAUCUUCCCGAGAUGCAGAAUAAUGUGCUAUGCCAGAGGAAGUGUAAUAAGAAAUUAUCAUGCGGUCGUCACAGGUGUAGAACGGUGUGUUGUGACGCGCAGUCGCACAGAUGCGCGGUGGUAUGCGGACGCACGUUGUCUUGUCAACUGCAUCGCUGCGAGGAGUUCUGUCACACAGGACACUGCGCGCCUUGUCCUAGAGUCAGUUUCAACGAGCUCCAUUGCGAAUGUGGUACAGAGGUCAUUAUGCCCCCUGUCCGGUGUGGAACCAAACCUCCUCCUUGCAACUCACCCUGUAGAAGGGAGAGACCCUGUGGUCAUCCCCCACACCACAGCUGCCACUCUGGCGACUGUCCCCCGUGCGUGGUGCUCACCACCAAGAGCUGCUAUGGACGACACGAGGAACGUAAAACCAUUCCAUGUUCGCAAGAGGAGUUCUCGUGCGGUCUGCCGUGCGGCAAGCCGCUGCCGUGCGGUAAGCACUCCUGCAUCAAGACCUGUCACAAGGGCUCCUGUGACGCUGGCAAAUGCACCCAGCCGUGUAUGGAGAAGCGGCCCAGCUGCGGACACCCGUGCUCUGCGCCGUGCCACUCCAGCGGCGGCGGCACGUGCCCGAGCGGCGUGGCGUGCCGGCGCCCUGUCACCGCCACGUGCCCCUGCGGCCGCCGCAAGGCCGAGCGCGCCUGCGUCGACAACGCGCGGGACUAUGCCAAAUUGAUGAGUACCUUAGCCGCUUCCAAGAUGCAAGAAGGCGGUACGGUGGAUUUAUCAGAUGUACAACGACCAGGUUCCAUGCUUAAAACGUUGGAAUGCGACGAAGAGUGUUACGUGGAAGCCCGAAGCAGGCGCCUAGCUUUGGCCUUGCAGUUGCGGAACCCAGAUGUCUCUGCGAAACUAGCGCCGCGGUACAGCGAGCACCUGCGCCAAACGGCUGCCAGGGAACCCUCCUUCGCGCAACAAGUGCACGAGCGACUGACGGAGCUAGUGCAGCUAGCUAAAAAGUCUAAGCAGAAGACCAGAGCGCACUCGUUCCCGUCGAUGAACCGCCAGAAGCGGCAGUUUAUUCACGAGCUGUGCGAGCACUUCGGCUGCGAGAGCGUGGCCUACGACGCCGAGCCCAACCGGAACGUGGUUGCCACGGCCGACAAGGAGAAGUCAUGGCUGCCAGCGAUGAGCGUACUAGAAGUGCUGGCGCGGGAGGCGGGGAAACGCAAAGUGCCGGGCCCCGUGCUGCGCACCCUGACGCAGCUGGCGCCCGCCGCGCCCGCCGCCACGCCGCUCACCACUGCCGCAUCCAAAUCGUCCGGCGGAUGGGCAACGCUCACGACGACGAAUGCCUGGGCAGCGCGCAGCCAGCCCAAGCAGCUGCCCAAGCAACCGACGCAGGAAGCGAAGAUAGACUACUUCGACAACCCGCCCGACAACUAACCUAGUUCAAUUCCACGCGACCAGAUGAGUGUAUACCUUUAGAGAAUUAUAUCCCAGAAGACAUAGUUCGAAUCCUGCCCGUUCUGCAAUUUUUGAUAUUUAUUUAAAAUUAUUCAGUCCUUAGUGUUGGUGGUACACUAUCAUAAAAAUAAUAAAUAGUGAAAAAGCAAUAUGUCCUUUCUCAUCCAAAGAGCUGCAUUGUAAUAUGGGCCUUUGAAAGUAGUAUCGAUAAUAAUUACUGCAGUGUCGCUACUAGGUGGCAUUAACAGUCGCUUCUGUACUGAGUGAACAUAUGUCGAAUUGUGAAAGUGGCCUAGCGGUCAAGGCGUCGGGCGCGAAUCCCAGAAAACUUAGGUUCGAAUUCUGAUAUGUAUUUAAAAAUUAUCUGGAUAAACAAAGUUCUUUGUAUGUUUUCCCCCCAAUCUUUGAUACAGCGCCGAAGCGAUUUAAAUGUACCAUAGAACAUAUAAAGGUGCUUGCUAUUUGCUCAAAUAUUUCCGAAUGAUAAUAAAUUAAUAACCACACGAUCGGGUAUAUUGCACUCAUCUGUGUCCUUAUUUUAUAAGAACACUUACAAGUGGUAUCAAUUUGAGAGUAUUACUGGACAGCCCUUUCUUGUGAUUUUUUAUUAAAAAUAAUGUAAAAAUAAAUGUACCAGUGACAAUACUUUACCUGGCUAAUAAUAAUGGGAAGAAUAAUAGUGGGAAGUCAUUUUGUACGGACUAUAAAUCUUUGAACCCACCCAUGUAUCAUUGAAACCACAUAUUUUUACGGAAAUUGGACAAACCACAGACGAUAUUAGUUUUAAGACACAUUGACUUUGAUUGAUAUUAAAACUAGAUGAUGCCCGCGACUCCACCCACAAAGGUUUUAAUUUUUAUAAAUCCCAAGGGAACUCUUUGAUCUUCCUGAACACAAAGUAGCCUGUGUCCAUCCCUGGCAUGCAAAUUAUAUCAAAAUCUUAUUAUGUAUCUAAAAAUUGAUAAAACGGAUGGGCCGUGAAUAGAUUGCAGACAGACAGACACGCUUGUAUUUAUAAUAUUAUAUGGCAUAUUGACAAUACGCUCAGGCAUCGUUCAGCCAUUAAAAAAAUGAAUUUUUCCAGAAACAUUCUCACCCUGAUAUCACAUGUAAGUUGAUGAUAUUUAGUGUCAAUUUUUAUGUAUCCUUAUUGGUAAUGUAACGAAAUAUAUUUGAUUUGAUGUGUAUAUAAAUGUGUUAUUACUAUGUGUUAUUACUUCGCAAUAAUCUGUUAUCACACAAAACCCAGAUUUAAUUAUUUAAUUAAAAAUAUGCCCAUGAAAUCACGUCUAUCCGUGUUCAUCCGUUGCGACGUAAUUGAAGGACAAACCAAUAAACCAACUACCCAACAAACACACUUUCGCAUUCAUAAUAUGUUUUGCCAAAUUAGUAAUCAGUGAGUGAGUCAGGACUUUUCUCUUUAAACAUAUUAUGUAUUGAUAUUAUAAAUGGAAUAAGUAUAACAGAUUAUUGUAAAGUAAUUUGUAUUAUCUCUUUUGCUUGCGUGGUUAUGUUGAAUUUACGGAGAUCGAUGUGUACCGAAUAUCAUAAAGGUCAUAGCACACAUAUCAACUCGGAAAGAGAUCAUCACCGCAUCAACUCGAGCUGUCCAGUGUUCUUUGUAUGAAAAGCCUUACUGCAACGCACACUAAUCGAAAUCGUAGCGUAAUCGCCUCGCCUCGGGACAAGCUCACUGCGGUCAACUUGCAGUAGCCGCGCCUACGGCUCAUCGUACUCGCGCUUACGAUUUUCCAUACGUCGCUUCGUCCACACUGGCCUGUGUGCGGUCAGCAAGCUGUAAGCGCGGCGUCGCCUAGCUGAAGCCGAGUUGACGGACCGAAGCUGCUGACCCACUUUUACAUUAACGUUAACGGUUGGUUGACGGCGAGGCGAAAGGCGAUACGGCGAUGAUCCCUUUCCGAGAUAUGUGUGCUGUCACCUUAAUACUUAAUAUAUUUGAUGUAAAAAAUUAUCUGUAACUUCAUCAAAAAAAAAAUAUAUAUAUAAAGUACACCGGUCUUUCGAUGUCAUAAAUGAACGCGUGCAUACGACCAACUUUUGUUUCUGCAACAGUUUUGUCUCCCACAUCAAGUUUUAUGAGUAGAGACGUUUUGUGAUAAGAUUUGUGUGUCUCAAAGUAGUAAAAAAACCCGGUCAAUUACGUGUCUGAUUCGCACACGAACGUUUCCAUACUAUAGUACAAAAAAUAACACUUAAUUUUUUUUGUGAUGUAAUUAAAAUGUAAUGUAAAUUCACGAGUUUUUGGAUUUUCUCCUUUACUUGUACUAAAGACAUUGCUACCUGCCAAACUUCAUGAUUCUAGGUCAACGGGAAGUAUCCUCUAGGUUUUGAUUCUCUUGAUGGGUCUUGACAAACUGACAAAUCAGUGGUUAGUGGUAAGGUUCCUUUUUUCUCAGAUACGGAACCCUAAAACAAAUCAUCAUUUCAUCUAGUGCACUGUAAUAUUUUAUUUAGAAUAAACGUCGCUUUGACUUCAUCGCAGUAUGCAUUUGAGCUUUUGAAAGUACACGCACGUUGCUAAAUGCUAUGCAAUUUUUAUAAUAGCUACUUAUAACUUUAGAGAAGGAUACCAAACUGUUCGGAGACUAAAGUUGUUUGUGUGUGCAAACCCUUACUGUAAUUUAUCAAUUAGCAAUUCGUUAUUACUUAUUACUAACAUAUUUUAUUAAGAACACUUUUCCUUUUAUUAACCUAUUUUAUAUUAAGAUGACUUUUCCGUUAUUAGAAUUAAAUGAUGAUGCACUAAAUGCUCGGAGUGUAUUCUCACUUUGAUUGGUAUUGCAGUAACUUUAAAAAAUGCAAAAAAGUUCUUCUUUUAAUCUAAUAAUUUGAACUUCCAAGUAUAAGAAAUUAAUAAGAAUAAAAUAUGUGUUCAGCACAAAGAAGUAGAUGAAUUUCAUGUUUAGGUAUUUAAUGGGAAACCUGUAAUCAUUUUAUAAGAAAAAUAAACCUAGAAUAAGAAAAUUAUUUAUAGUGUUUAGUUAUCGAUUGUAUAAAGUAAAUUAUAAUUUAUUUGUAUAAUACAUAGUUACCGUAUUACAUGAAAAUUUAACACAAUUUUUCGGUCAUUUCAUAUACAGAUUUUGUAUCCGACUUCCGUCAUCCGUAUCUCUCCGUCAUCCGUGAGAAUAUCUCGGAUGUGCCUCUGAUUCAAAUCGGACCAUUGACGUAUAUAUGUUAAAGAUGUGCACUAGCUUGGAUUUGGAUCAGAGACCGUAUUAGUGCGUAAGCAAUAUCCGAGUUCGGUCCGAGUUUUUUAUAUCCGUAUUUUCACGGAUUCGGAUCGGAGCCUUAACCGCUCUUACGGCUUAAUUUUAUUAAUAAAAAUCAAUCUAUCAGUAGACAGUCGAUAAGUUAGAUAUAACAAUGUUAUUUGUUAAAAAAGAUCAUACUUAUAGUACGUGACAGGUUGAAAUGGCAAUCGGGGUAUGAGGCGGGGGUCGCUCCGCACACCCGCACGUCACCCGCGCUCGCCCGCAGCAGGCUAACCUCUCGCACACUACACAAUUUUUGAUAAAUAACAACGUUGCAAUGUGACUUAUCAACAGAAGAUAUUAUUAAUUUCGGUCAUUAGACAGUUUUAGCGCAAGUGUUCUAAAUACUGUCGCUGCAUAUGCAAAAUUCGCUAAGUAUGUAUUUUUAGGAUGUUCGUUUUUGAUGUCAUUUUGUUUGGUUUCAAAAGGCGUGUGUACAUGUAGAAAUCCGUUCUUUAGCAUGUGUGCUAGUUCAAGAGAUAAUCUUUUUAGCUAUGUGAAUUUGAUCUAAAAGUAAAUCAUAUUUUUUCAAAAAAUUUAAGUUUAAGUCUCCUGAAAACUUGUGAAUACACACACGCAUAGCGGAAUUUUCAUGCGCAGUGACGAUGUAGCCAAUCACAAAGUUCAUAAUUCAGUAACUCUUACUGCCGUAAAUUACGUACUGUUAUCUAAUUAUAAAUUAGUAGUAGUAGUUUUUGAAUCAGAUUAUAAAUAUCCAUUCAAGUCAUAUCUGAAAAUUAAAGAUGAAAGAUCCACAUGAUCUCUUCAAAGUAAUACGGUAAACUAUAGGUACUGAACCAUUAUAUUCUUUUAUGAAAAUAUUUUUGUCUCAUCAGUAUUUAUAAUUUACUAUAAUAUGUAACUCGUAUGUUAUACUUACAGCUUUGGAUUUUCUUUUUUACUUUUUUUUAAAUAUGUGUAUUGUGAUAUAUUCCUUUCAAUGUUCUACUUUUUGUUUUAUAGUUACCUAUCAAGAAAAUAAUAUGAAGGGUUUAUUCUUAUGACUAAUAUAGUAAUAUUAUACCUACCUAAUAAAUAUACCUGCAUCUUAAAUUAUCUGUUGUACAGGCGAUAUGUGUAAUAAAAUGUUACAUAUUUGUUAA